AUGGAGUCGGUAAAACAAAGGAUUUUGACUCCCGGCAAGGAGGGAUUGAAGAAUUUUGCUGGAAAAUCGCUUGGUCAACUCUACAGAGUCCUAGAGAAGAGGCAGAAGCCCGGGGACACCAUCGAGCUGACGGAAGAUGGAAAGCCCAUGGAAGUGCCCGAGAAGAAAGCGCCGCUGUGCGACUGCACCUGCUUCGGGCUGCCCCGGAGGUACAUCAUCGCCAUCAUGAGCGGACUGGGAUUCUGCAUUUCCUUCGGGAUCCGAUGUAACUUGGGAGUGGCCAUCGUGGAUAUGGUCAAUAACAGCACCAUACACCGAGGAGGAAAAGUUAUUAAAGAGAAAGCGAAGUUUAACUGGGAUCCCGAAACUGUUGGCAUGAUCCACGGCUCUUUUUUCUGGGGAUACAUAAUCACCCAGAUCCCCGGAGGGUACAUCUCAUCGCGGCUGGCAGCGAACAGGGUGUUUGGGGCUGCCAUCCUGCUGACAUCCUCCCUCAACAUGCUGAUCCCGUCGGCAGCCCGGGUGCACUACGGAUGCGUCAUCUUCGUCAGGAUCCUGCAGGGCCUCGUGGAGGGGGUCACCUACCCUGCCUGCCACGGCAUUUGGAGCAAGUGGGCCCCCCCAUUAGAGAGAAGUAGGUUAGCAACUACUUCCUUUUGUGGUUCCUAUGCAGGAGCUGUCAUUGCAAUGCCUUUAGCUGGGAUUCUAGUGCAAUAUACUGGGUGGUCUUCUGUGUUCUAUGUGUAUGGGAGCUUUGGUAUAGUCUGGUACAUGUUUUGGCUUUUGGUUUCAUAUGAGAGUCCUGCCAAGCAUCCUACAAUCACAGAUGAAGAGAGGAGAUACAUAGAAGAGAGCAUUGGAGAGAGUGCCAACCUCCUAGGUGCAAUGGAAAAAUACAAAACACCGUGGAGGAAAUUUUUUACAUCUAUGCCAGUCUAUGCAAUAAUAGUUGCAAACUUCUGUAGAAGCUGGACUUUUUACUUGCUGCUAAUUAGUCAGCCUGCUUACUUUGAGGAGGUGUUUGGAUUUGAAAUAAGCAAGGUGGGUAUCUUAUCUGCUGUGCCGCAUUUAGUGAUGACAAUUAUUGUUCCUAUUGGGGGACAAAUUGCUGACUUUUUAAGAAGCAGGCAGAUUGUUUCAACGACGAAUGUGAGAAAGAUAAUGAACUGUGGAGGUUUUGGUAUGGAAGCAACUCUUCUUCUCGUGGUGGGAUAUUCACACAGCAAAGGAGUGGCUAUCUCAUUCCUAGUGCUUGCUGUGGGCUUUAGUGGAUUUGCCAUAUCUGGAUUCAAUGUCAACCACUUAGACAUUGCCCCGAGGUACGCCAGCAUUUUAAUGGGGAUUUCUAAUGGAGUCGGGACCUUGUCUGGAAUGGUUUGCCCUAUAAUUGUUGGAGCAAUGACAAAGAACAAGACACGUGAAGAGUGGCAGUACGUCUUCCUCAUUGCUGCUUUAGUGCAUUACGGAGGUGUGAUCUUCUAUGGCAUUUUUGCUUCAGGAGAGAAACAGCCCUGGGCAGACCCUGAACAGACCAGUGAAGAGAAAUGUGGCUUUAUUCACGAGGAUGAACUUGCUGAAGAGACAGGGGACAUUACUCAGAAUUAUGUAAAUUAUGGUACCACCAAGUCUUACGGUGCUACGACCCAGGUCAAUGGUGGCUGGCCUAAUGGCUGGGAGAAAAAGGAGGAAUUUGUACAAGAGGAAGUACAAGACUCAUACAACUACAAGGAAAGAGAUUAUUCAUAA